GCAAUGUAUCUUCGAAUUUUCAUCGCCCUGAUGCUGGGAACAUCGCCGGCAUUGGCCACUGAUUCUGAAACAAACACUUGCACAGUAAUGGCAUGUGGCAACCCAGGAAUCCCCGGUUUACCGGGAAGAGAUGGGAGAGAUGGUCCCAAAGGAGAGAAGGGAGACCAAGGAGUCCAAGUGAGGGGCCAACAGGGUUUUCCUGGGAAGGCAGGGCCUCCUGGAUUGCCUGGAAUUGCAGGGCCCCCAGGCCAGAAAGGACAAAAGGGAGAAAUGGCAGCCAUUACUUCUACUCAACAACAAUUAACUGCUUUGGAAAAGAAAAUCCAAACUCUUCAAGCUGACCUUACCAAGUAUAAAAAGAUUGUGAUGUUGCAGCAGGUGAAAGUCGGAGAGAAAUUUUUUGUUUCAACUGGUCAAGAACUAACUUACUCCAAUGGAAAAAGACUGUGUGAAAAUGGAGGUGCAGCUCUUGCCACCCCGAAGAACGCAGCAGAAAAUGCAGCCUUGGCGGAAAUAGUAAAGAGGAAUUCGAAGAUUGUUUUUCUCGGUAUCAACGAUAUCCAAACUGAAGGGAGAUUCGUGUAUGUAAAUGGGGCACCCCUAAGUUACACAAAUUGGAAACAAGGAGAGCCCAAUAACUCUGGUAAUAAAGAGGACUGUGUUACAAUAGUUGAGGAUGGACAGUGGAACGAUUUGGAUUGUGAACGGAAAACACUGACUGUUUGUGAACUGUAACUUCUCCACCCCCACCCCCAGAAGAUGCUUAACCCUGUGGGUGCCCGUGCUCACAGUUGUUAACUUAAUGGCACAGCAAAUUUGCAGUUUUUAAGUUUGUGGCGGAGAGAGGGGUGGUUUUUAAGAUAGCUAAAAGUAGCAUGACAGAAGGAUUAUUUUCUGCUGCUCUGCGCACACAGCUUUUGUGCCACAGUAAUCUUUGGUCAAAAGGCUUUUUCAGCUUCUUGAAAUGUUACAAAAAGCUGCAAAACAUAUUUAGCCGAAUGAUAUAUGUGGGCAGCUCCUACAUGCCUGGGAGAAUGUUUAAAUGGCACAACCAAAUGGUCCAGGGUUGAUUGAUUCUCACAAAAUUGUCACUGUGCUGGGAGCAGUGAAGUUGAUUGUAUAGGAAAAGACUCAUGCGUUCAGGCAUUGUCCAUGCGGCUGGGUUGUUUUCAGCAUUCUUCCAGGCAGCCAUCUACAAAGCUGUCUAAAGACAAGCUGUGCUAAAUAAAUACAUUUGAAUAACAUUAUGGUGAACUACUAUUUCUUUAUUUUUAAAGGACACAUUGCAUGCUUAUGCAGAACAUCUUUGUGUCCAUGUCCAUGUUCUUUCUGUGGGGACAGUCUGAACAUUCUCUGAUCCAGUAGA